GGAGCUGCAGACACAAACAAGCUGACCUCCAUGUGUGGAUUUGAUCCCAGUUGUCGCAGGACACUUUUUCUCGGAGGAUAUUUGCAAGAAGCUCAACAACAGGGAUGCAGUGCGAUGAGCUCUCGGCCAGAGAGGAGUUCACCUACAGCCACAUGUCCACGCUGGAGAGGGGCACCGGGUCUCUGGGACGCCGGGGGGACAGGAGGAUGGACCGGGGGGAGCGCUACAGGCCGGAGCGGGACAGCUACACGGUGGACGUUAGAGCCAGUGACCUGCAGCUGGCCCAGCCGGAGCCUCUGAAGCACCCCUGCUUCAGCUGCAGGGCCUGGCUCUACAGCGUCCUCAUAGGGGGCAGUUUGCUCAUCACCUCUGGUUUCUCUCUGUACCUGGGGAAUGUGUUUCCUGUUGCCAUGGAUUACCUGCGCUGUGCUGCAGGCUCAGGCCUUCCUGCAGCGUUGGCCAGCUUUGCCAUCGCCAAGAACCGACAUGUAGCAGUGUCAGAUUUCCAGGUGCUCUACGUGUCCACUUUUGCGGUGACGACCACCUGCCUGGUCUGGUUCGGGUGUAAACUGGUCCUGAACCCGUCCGCUGUCAACAUCAACUUUAACCUCAUCCUGAUGAUUCUGCUGGAGGUGUUGAUGGCGAGUACUGUCAUCCUGUCAGCCCGCUCUGCAGAGGACUGCUGCUGCCACAGGAAGACGUACGACAGACCAGUGGUCAUAACGCCUGCAGUGUUCCCCACUCGACUCCUCAAAGCGUACUCUGUGAUCGAAGUCAUCGUUGGGAUUUCUGCUGUCUUUGGAGGAAUUAUUGCCCUCAACAUGGACGCUCUGCUGCCCGGACCAUACCUGUCCGUCACAUUUUUCUGGAUUCUUGUUGCUUGUUUCCCGAGUGCCAUAGCGAGUCACGUUGUGUCAGAAUACCCCAACAAAUGUCUGGUGGAGGUACUCAUUGCCAUCAGCAGCGUGACGUCUCCGCUGCUCUUCUCCGCCUCUGGCUUCCUCUCUUGCAGUGUGAUCAGCUUUAUUGAAAUUUUCCUGCAUGAGGUGCCCACGGCCAAGCAAUCCUACGACAUCCUGCUGCUGAUUCUGAUGGUGCUGCUGCUGGUGCAGGCAGUUCUAACCUCGGCCACUGUGGUGCACUGUGCCUCCUACAAGAGCCGGCUCCGCAUGGGGGCUCCAGAGAGCGAGGACGGCAUGCACACACAGACAUACUACUGUGAGCAGCAGGCAGUCAACGGAGCGCUGCAGGACUUUGACAAAGACAGAGCCUGGAAGGCAGUCGUGGUCCAAAUGGCCCAAUGAACAUUCCCACAGUACGGAGAGAUACGUUUUUAUAAGAAGAGGGGAAAGAAAGGAGGAUUAUAAAACUAAAUAAGAAUGAGAGACCAAUCCUGAGAGAGGAAACACGGGGAGAAAGAAAGAAGCACUUAUUCACAGAGGGGGAGAGAGGGAUAUUUAGUAGAAAGGAAAUCAGUGAGAAAAUAGAAUGUUUCUAGUUUCUGUUCAAGAUUUCUGCUUGAAAAAUGCUUUGAGCACUUUGUGUUUUUGCUUUGUAUCAUUGUUUUCUGCAUAUUGUAGUUAGAAGAAGCAUUUUGUGGCACCACGAAAUCCACUGUAUUCCAUAGUCAAGAUUAAAAAAAAAAGGUUCAGAGCACAAAAAACAAUGUCUAAAGUCUGAAGUGUUUAACUUCACUUGAUACAGAUCAUGCACUAAACUGGAUUCUUACCGGUUUGAAUGGAUGUUACAGUUCUGUUUAACGUUGCACAAGCAGAUUGAAAUCAUGGACUUCAAACAAUGUUUUGACUUUUUUUAUACUUUAAAACUUUAGAAAAUGAGAAAAAAACCUCAAUCCAUUACCUUUAACGCCUAUCCCGUACCUGGGGUCAUGGGGCUGUAGCCAAGAGGCGGGGUUACAGCCAAUCACAGGGCUGAUAUAUCGAGACAGACAACCAGCCACACUCACAU